UGUGACCUGCAGGGCCUGUGGAGGAACCAGCUGGGCUCCAACAUGACCCUCUUGGCCCUGAACACAGCUGGCCCCUUCUCGGGCUUCUACCACACUGCUGUGACAGCCACCAACAAGCAGAUCCUGGGCUCACCCCUGCAAGGGGCCCAGCAGCACCCCGGUGCCAAGAGACACCCCACCUUCGGCUUCACCAUGCACUGGCAGUUCUCAGACUCCACCACAGCCUUUGUAGGCCAGUGCUUUGUGGAUUGCCAUGGCAAGGAGAGACUGGAAGCCACAUGGCUCCUGUGGGAAGAGGUCCCAUCCCACAGGGACACCUGGAAAGCCACCAGAGCUGGCACCUCCAUCUUCACCCACAUCAAGUGA